UAGAUAUUUCCAGCCAGACUACAAGUGUAGCUGAAGAUCAUUGGGUUAAGUUUCCCGCAAUUACUCCACAGACUCUGACGGAAAAUCCUUGCUCCUAUUCUGCUGUUACCGGGCCAGUAAAUACUGAUUCACAUCGCAUGUUACAGGCUGCAACGACUCAUUUUUUCCGACGACUUCAGGCACCGAAGCAGAGUCUCAGAACUCCCAGCCUGCUUCGUCGCUUUGCAAGCCAGUUUGGAGAUGCUACCGGGGGCAGUGAGCAGGGCCUUGCUCUGCCUGUUCUGCUCCCUCCUGCUGGGGGUCUGCUUCCCAGCAGAGGGUGUAGGAGCAGCGGGGCCUCUUCCUACUUUUGCCACUGAACAAGAGUCUGGGGAACCAUACCUUGAGGAUUGGGAGUGGGGUUCUGGAUCAUCUCUUCUGCACCUGCUUCACAGCUUCCCUGCUGACAGCCCGUUCAUAACAGAGACCCCAGGAAAACCAGUCAACUGCACCCAGCGCUUCUGGUUACCACCAUCCUCUCCAAUCUGCUGGGAAAACAUAGCUGGACCUGAGGAGUUUGCCAGGUCCCGUCUGCUUGUUCUCCAAAACAGGGCUGCCCUGCAGGCUGUGUCCACCACCAGUGGGUUGGAAGAGGGAGGGAUUUCCUACGAACACCAAGCCAGAGAGGAGGUCCAGGGGAUCCACUCAGACCACCUGGAUGUGGUAGAAACUAUACAGACCAUGGAAAAGGUGUUUGCCUCUCUGGAGGAAACGAGGAAGGAGGGAAAGGAGCAGGGGAUACUCACUAGCAUGAAGGAGCAUCUUGCCAACACAAGGGAUGCCAUAGAUGGAAGAGAGCACAUGGCAAACAACCUAGAGAAUCAUUUUUCUACUUUAGAGAAUACUCUGCUUGACAUACAGCUUCGACUCAACAAACUCAUCCAACAGUGACAAUGCCAACCACUUGCCUUAUGUGUGCUGUAUUUUUAUAUUCAUGUAACAAUGUAGCAUAUGUAUGCAUGCUCAGGAUUAUGUUAGUCCGUAGUAUGAGGACAAAACACAUUUGAUAUGCACCUUAUCUCAUCGAAGCACCUAAAAGUGGCAUCCGUAAACUGGAAUCAGAGAAAUAAACCUCACAUAAUCAGGGAGAGUUGAUGAACAUGUAGCUGUUAACUCAUGUUUUAUAUUACCACUUAGCAGAUAUGUUUCACGUGGAGAAUUGAUGGUCCUGCUAUCAGCCUCUAGCUUAAAACAGAACAACUGACCUGUUUAAAACGUCAUUCGACAAUAAUACACUGCAUUUACAUACAUAUAUUUUGCCAAAGUUGUGGUGUAAAAUACAUGCGGUGUAACAAUGAAUAUCAGACAGCAUGAAUCUUUAUUUUAAUAUCAAAUCUAAACAAUUUGUAAAUGCAUGAGGAUGAUGCGUAGUAAGGUGGUCAGUUCAUAUAUACACUUUAAAUAUUCACAUCUAUUAAGCUUGAGUGUGAAUUUGUAUUUGGAAAGAUGCAGCAUGUUCACUUGCUUUGUAGUGAAGCUG